CGCUUCCUCCGGGCGCCGCGGGGGAGGAGGAGCGAGGAGGCUGGUCCUGACAGCGGGGCCAGGGAAGUGCAGCGAAGGAGGAAGCGCGGCGGCGGGGAGCCCGGCGUGCCGAGCGGAGCAGGCCCGGCGGCGGGGCCGGGGGGCCGGGGGUGGCGGUGCCCCGGCGCGGGGAAGCGCGGGGUCGGGGCGGCAGCGCGGCGGAGGAAGCCGCCGUCGGGCCCUGCAUCCUCCCGGCUCCGCCGCCCCAGCGGAGGGAAGGCCGGCCGGAGCCAGGUGGAUGGAGAGCAUCUGCACCCGCAGCCGCUCCCGGCAAAGCCCGGUGCCCGGCACCGCCUGACCCGCUGCAUCCCUUGCUGCCGCCUGCAUCAGCACCCGGCCAGGAUGCGGCCGUGCCCGUGAGCAGCCGGCCCGCGGCCGCCGGGAUCUGCAGCGCCCGGCUCGCCCUUGCUCCAUCCUCAUCCUCCCAUCGCGGCCGUGGGGAGCCAGCGCUGAUGCCGGGCUGGGCCCCGGAGGAUGGCGGCAGCCGGCUGGUACCACCGCGACAUCAGCCGGGUGGUGGCUGAGGACCUGCUGGCCAAAGCGGGCAAGGACGGCUGCUUCCUGGUGCGGGACAGCGAGUCGGUGUCGGGGGCGUACGCCCUGUGCCUCCUGUUCCAGCGGCACGUGCACACCUACCGCAUCCUCCCCGACGACGAGGGGCUGCUCUCCGUCCAGACCGUCCAGGGCAUCCAGGCGAAGUGCUUCCGCACCCUCACCGACCUGGUCGGCGCCUACCAGCAGCCCAACAACGGCCUGGUGACGCCGCUGCUCUACCCCGUGCACCGGGCGCGGGAGGCGGCCGACGAGGACUCGGAUGGGGACGAUGGCCGCGGUGUCGUCCCCGCCAACGCGUCCCCCCCCGGCGCCCGGGCCGGCGGUGCUCCCGCGGGCCGGACCCCCAUCUCGCAGCAGCUGCACCUGCGGCUGCAGGAGCAGGUCCACAGCAGCCCAGCCAGCGACUUCAUGGGCUUCAUGGCCGAGUACCUCACCCACCACCUGCAGCUGGACCUGGAGGCUCUGCGCAACGGGAACCUGCAGCUGCGGCACCUCAGCACCGCGCUCGUCACCGCGUGCCGGGGGCUGCACAGCGAGAUCGACUUCACGCUGGCUGGUUUGGAGACGCUGGCCAAGGUGUUCGACCCUCCCGCUUCCCCCCGCAGCCCCGCCAGGGACCAGGGCCUCCUGGCCAGCGACCCGGACCUGGAGCUGCUCCUCAGCAAGAUCUCCGCUGUCAACCAUCUUCUCUCUUCCCUGGAGAAAAAGGUGCUGAGGUCGCUGCAGGAGACGGUGUCCAAGCACAACCUGGCGCUGCCCAGCGUGGCCCCGGCCCCCCCGCCGGCCACCAAGCCCCUGGCCGUGCAGAGCUUCGAGGUGAAGGUGGGCAAGUCGCAGCGAGCCACCCUCACGGUGGACGUGGAGUCGGGCACGGUGGCCGUCACCAAGAAGGGCGGCGGGACCCCGGAAGAGACCAUCCCUCAGGACAAGAUCCUGCAGCUGAUCAAAUACCAGAGCGUGCAGAGCAAGGUGAGACUGGUGUACGACCGGGACCAGCACAAGAGCCUGAGCAGAGACUUCGUCUUCCCGAGCGCGCGGAAGCGAGAAGCCUUCUGCCAGCUGCUGCAGCUCAUGAAGAUCCAGCACUCCAGCCUGGACGAGCCCGACCUCAUCUCGGUGUACGUCGGGACAUGGAACAUGGGCAGCACCCCGCCGCCCCGGUCCCUCGCGUCCUGGCUGACAUCACGGGGCCUGGGGCGCACUCCGGACGAGACCACAGCCUGCAUCCCGCACGACAUCUACGUGGUGGGCACCCAGGAGAACUCCCUGGGCGAUCGCGAGUGGGUGGAGUUCCUGCGAGCAUCCCUGAAGACGCUGAUGGCCAUAGACUACCGAGUGGUCGCCCUGCAGUGCCUCUGGAGCAUCAAGAUAGUGGUGCUGGUGAAACCAGAGCACGAGCGGCGCAUCAGCCACGUGAACACGUCCAGCGUGAAGACGGGCAUUGCCAACACCCUCGGCAACAAGGGAGCUGUGGGCGUCUCCUUCCUUUUCAACGGGACAUCCUUCGGGUUCGUGAACUGCCACCUGGCCUCAGGGAGUGAGAAGACCCACAGGAGGAACCAGAACUACAGUGACAUCCUGCGCUCGCUGGUGCUGGGUGACAAGCGGCUCAGCGCCUUCGACCUCACCCUGCGCUUCACCCACCUCUUCUGGUUCGGGGACCUCAACUACCGCCUCAACAUGGACGUGCAGGACAUCCUAGCCCAUGUAACCAAGAGGGAGUUUGAAGCCCUCCUGGCUGUGGACCAGCUCAACCUGGAGCGGGAGAAGAGCAAGGUCUUCCUACGAUUCAGAGAGGGUGACAUCUCCUUCCCUCCCACCUACCGGUACGAACGAGGCUCCCGGGACAACUACAUCUGGCAGAAGUUCAAGACCACAGGGAUGAGGAUCAACGUCCCCUCGUGGUGCGACCGCAUCCUGUGGAAGUCGCACCCGGAGACCCACGUGGUCUGUAACUCGUAUGGCUGCACCGAUGACAUUGUGACCAGUGACCACUCGCCGGUCUUUGCCACCUUCGAGGUGGGAGUGACAUCGCAGUUUGUGCCCAAGAAGGUGCCCGGCUCCAGCGCCGAGUGCCUGGCCUGCAUCGAGUGGGAGAGCAUCGAGGUGAUCGUGAAAACCGCCAGCCGCAGCAAGUGCUACAUCGAGUUUCACUCCUACUGCCUGGAGGAGCCCCAGCGGAGCGGGGAGAACACGUCCCAGAGCUGCGACAUCCCCGGCUUCCUCAAGCUCGGCUGGUCGGCUAAGCACUUGCCCGUGCUGCACCCCAUCCUCUCGGACCUGGAGUACCUGGGGGACCAGCACCUGCUGCUCGGCAUCAAGGGCGUGGAGAGCUGCGAGUCCUACGGCGAGUGCUGCAUCGCCAUGAGGUCCAUGAUUGGCAGCAUGGCCCAGCAGUUCGAGACCUUCCUCUUCCACCGCGGCGAGGAGACGGGCUCCAUGCGCGGCUGGAUGAAGGUCCGCGUCCCCAAGGACAGGCGCAGCACCCGCGAGAGGCUCUACGAGUGGAUCAGCUUCGAGGAGGAGGAUGCCGAAGCGGCUGCCGACGAGCCGACGUGCUCCAAGCCGCCCGUGCACCGCCUCAGGAGCCGGCCCCGCAGCGUCCCGGACGCGGCCAGCAGCUACACCAACCCGGCCUACUUCAUAUUCGAGGGGCUGCCCACCACCUGGGCCCUGGCGUCCGGCGGCCCCGCCGCCCUCCGGCGUCCCCGCGGCGAGAGGCAGACGGAGACCCCGCGGCCCCGCGGCCCGGCCCCGCCGCCCGCCGAGCAGGAGCCGUGGGGCGGGGGGCCCCGAAGCGGGGCGGGGGGCCCCGGCCGCGGGCGCCAGCUCAGCCCCCUCCCCGCCGGCAGGCAGAAGCGGCCCAAAUCGGCCGUCCUGGAGAGGGAGGCGGCGGUGGGCGACUGCUCGCUGACGGCGCUGCACAUGGCGAGGUGCCUCAGCGAGCUGGACCGGGCGGCCCCCGAGCAGCGCGGCCGCCCCGACGGCACCGCGGCCGGCGGCCCCAAGGCGCAGCUGCGCCAGACCCGCAGCGCCCUGGAGCCGCCGCCGCGGGGAUGCCCGGAGGCGCCGGGGCCGGCGCGGGAUGCGCGGCGGCACGGCCGCGCCACGGAGUGGCCCUGCGACAGAGGGGACCGCUCCCGCAGCAUCGGCGCGUGGCUGAGUCACCUCGGCCUGGAGCAAUACAAGGAGGGGCUGUACGAAAACGGCUGGGAUGACCUCGAGUUCUUCAGAGACAUCACUGAGCAGGACCUGCUGGAAGCCGGGGUGCUGAGCCCUACUCACCGCAAGCUCAUCCAAGCCAAGCUCCGUGAGGGCACCACUGGAAGCCCGCAGCAGAGACCCUACCUGAAACCAAACGCCUAGACGCCAGCGUGGCACGUGCCACGUGCAGGUUUCCUCCAAGGAGCUUCUUGGGGAGCUUCUGCUCUAAAGCGCCCGGAGCCCAGAGCAGAAGGAGGCAGGACUGGAGGUCGCAGGGAUAAACCUGUGAUUGGGAAACACGCUCUUGGCUGGCUUCCUCUGCAGUCUUCACCACCACCGCCGAUGUCUUGCUGAACGUGCUCCAGUGACAGCUGCAGCACCCACCCGUGCCAUGCCUGCACCCAGCUCCGGACCUGCAGCACCCACCCGUGCCAUGCCUGCACCCAGCUCCGGACCUACUGGCCUUGCGGUGAAACCAGCCACGCUGCCAAGCUGCCUGGCCUCACCAGUAAGCAACUGGAUGUUUCUCCACUGGAAAGUCUCAGGGAGUUUCUGUGGCCGUCGAGACUGACGCUGUCCGGGUCUCACCCCGUGUCCUUCCUUCCCCAAAGCAACGGAAGGACCAUGCUGACCCUCGCCAGCCUGUGGGACAGGGACGCGGGACACGCUGGAGGUGAGGACCAUCCACGCUGCACCCCCCACGUGAGCUGGGGCGGGAUGUGCCCUGGCAGGCGGGGACACGCUCUCGUGGUUGCCCCGAACGCAGGCGCCGAAGCACCGUCAGGGAGCCCGAUGCUGCGGACCUCAAGGCCCAGCUUCUGCGGGUGGUCGCCUGGGCACCGGGAGCUGCCCGGCCCCCGCUCUCGCGGCUCUGGUCCGUGCAUGGCCGCAGAGGGCAACACCUUUGCCCAGCACCACUGAUGGACCCAAACCGACACCCCGAAACUCUCAGGCGUCCCCAGCGAGAGGCCGGGCCCCGCUGCCGGGUGCUUCCCUCCGCCCUGCCCCGCUCUGCCGUUCCCAAGUGCCUUUUUUCACACCCUUUCGAAGACUGCGUCGCUGUUUCCUCACUCCUCUUGCUGUUGCAAUCGAGAAUAAAGUCUCAGGGCUCGGA